ACACUCGGUACCUGCGCAGUAAGACUGAACUAGUUUUCAGUUGCUUUAUGUGGGCUGCGAUUCGUGAAUGCCUACACUUUUUUCUAAAUGUGAAAAAAUACUUUGCUGUCAUAUCGAUCUGAGACUUCAAACAAGCUAGCACUAAUCUAACGAAGGAUUUUACAUACUGUCUAGUAUAUCACCGUGGCCAAGGACUACAAAAACUUAUUGACGCUGGAGACCACUGUCAAUGGAUUCAGCUAGCCAAGUUAGCUAGCUAACUUGCUUAGCUAGUUGGCUAUUUAAUGUUUAGCUAGCUAUGUUCGUCUAGGAAUUGACGAUACGUGCUCGUUUAUAAGAAGCGUGGGCCAUAUUUUAUGGUCUGUCAAUGGCUGUGCACAACAUGGUUAGUUAACUAGUUAGUUGGUUAGCUAGCUAACUAUGCUGUUCGCAAGACAGCCUGCUUGCUAACAAGAUUAGCUAGUUAACGAAGCCAGACUAACUGGAUGGCCAGUUCACUACAACGUUAGCUACACGAUCAAGACGUGGCAAAUGGACCAAGGACCCCACUGAUGACGAACAAGUAAUUUAAAAUAGCAUUAAAUACCGUGCUAAAUAAUUGUGGACAUUUACCUAAAAUAUCAUAACUAGCUACCUUAAAUCAGAAGACGGAUUUCACCACAGCAAAACACCAACGAAGUAAUUGAUGUGACCGCUGCUCCUCUGAUGGUCUGUGUGACGGUGAUCACCAUGGAGACGCCGCCGUGCCCCGUGCCUCAUCAGAAUGGCAACGUCCACGCCGGUGCCCCCGGCCCCAAGGCGCCGACCGUGCUCAAGAUCCACCUGUACGAUAACGGGCGGGGCGGCAAGGAGCCGGCCGUCCUCUCCUACCCCCCGGGGGACUACGUGGCGGAGGAGCUGUGCAUCGCUGCUGCGAAGGAGUGCGGGGUGAUGCCCAUGUACUUCAGCUUGUUUGCCCUGAUGAGUGAGAGAGACCGCAUGUGGUUCUCACCCAACCAUGUCUUCCGUCUGGAUGAAACGGCAGAUGAGAACCUGCGCUUGAGAAUCCGGUAUUACUUCCCUCGCUGGUACAGCAGUGAGGCGUCCCGGGCCUACCGCUAUGGGUUCGCCAAGGACGCGGAAAGCCCCGUGCUGGACGACCUCGUCAUGUCCUACCUGUUCAAUCAGUGGAGGGGCGACUUCGUUGGUGGCUCGGUGAAGAUGGCCAUCAGCCACGAGACGCAGGAGGAGUGUCUGGGCAUGGCCGUGUUGGACAUGAUGCGCAUGGCCAAGGAGAGGGACCGGUCCCCGCUGGACAUCUACAGCAACAUGAGCUACAAGUCCUUCCUGCCCCUGGAGAUGCGUGCCCGUAUCCAGGACUACCACAUCGUGACCCGGAAGCGGAUUCGCUACCGCUUCAGGAAGUUCAUCCAGCAGUUCAGCCAGUGCAAGGCGACGGCCCGCGACCUCAAACUCAAAUACCUGAUAAACCUGGAGGGCCUGCAGCCCGUGGUGUACUCGGAGAGCUUCCAGGUCAAAGACCCCAAAGCCGGGCAGGUCACGAUCAUCGUCUCCGGGAACAACGGCAUCCAGUGGUAUCGCAACAGACUCCGAGACUCCGAGACAGAGCAGGAGCUGCAGACGUACUGCGAUUUCCCCGAGGUCAUCGACAUCAGCAUCAAACAGGCCAGCAAGGACGGCUCCAGCGAAAGCCAGAUCGUCACCAUCAACAAACAGGACAGCAAGACGCUGGAGGUGGAGUUUGAGUCCCUGUCAGAAGCCCUGUCCUUUGUGUCCCUCAUCGAUGGCUACUACCGGCUCACCGCAGAUCCCCACCACUAUAUCUGCAAAGAAGUAGCUCCCCCUAGGGUCCUGGAGGCAGUUAACAGCUACUGCCAUGGCCCCAUCGCGAUGGAGUUCGCCAUCGGCAAGCUCCGGCGCUUGGGGAACCAGCGAGGCCUGUACGUUCUCCGCUGCAGCCCUAAGGACUACAGCAAGUACUUCCUGUCCUUCGCCGUGGGGUUGGACAAGGAAGUGCAGUACAAGCACUGCCAGAUCGUGAAGAUGCCCACGGGCGAGUACAACCUGAGCGGGGCGAGGAAGAACUUCAUCUCCCUGAAGGAUCUGCUGCACUGCUACCAGAAGGAGACGGUGCGCUCCGACGGGAUCGUCUUCCAGUUCAGCAAGUGCUGCCCGCCCAAGGUCAAAGACAAGUCCAACCUGCUGGUGUGCAGGAGCAACCAGAGUUCAGAGAUGCCCAUCUCGCCCUCUCUCCAGAGGCACAACAUCAGCCAGAUGGUCUUCCACAAGAUCAAGAAGGAAGACCUGGAUUUUCGUGAGAGCCUGGGCCAAGGCACCUUCACCAAGAUCUUCAAAGGAAUCCGCAGGGAGCUCGGAGACUACAGCCAGCUGCACGAGACGCAGGUCAUCAUGAAGGUCCUGGACAAGGCUCACCGCAACUACUCCGAGUCCUUCUUCGAGGCCGCCAGCAUGAUGAGCCAGCUGUCUCACAAGCACCUCCUGCUGACCUACGGUGUCUGCGUGUGUGGGGAGGAGAACAUCAUGGUGCAGGAGCACGUGAAGUUCGGGUCCCUGGACACAUAUCUGAAGAAGAACAAGAACUCGGUCAACAUCAUGUGGAAACUUGAGGUGGCCAAGCAGCUGGCCUGGGCCAUGCUGUUCCUGGAGGAUAAAAACCUGGUCCAUGGGAACGUCUGCGCCAAAAACAUCCUGCUGAUCCGAGAGGAAGACCGGAAGAACGGGAACCCGCCCUUCAUCAAGCUGAGCGACCCUGGCAUCAGCAUCACCGUGCUUCCGAAAGAGAUUCUGGUGGAGCGGAUCCCCUGGGUGGCUCCGGAGUGCAUCGACGACCCCAAGAAGCUGAGCCUUGUGGCGGACAAGUGGAGCUUUGGCACCACGCUGUGGGAGAUCUGCAGCGGAGGGGAGAAACCUCUCAGCUCUCUGGACUCCUCCAAGAAACACCUGUUCUAUGAGGACAGGCACCAGCUUCCUGCUCCCAAAUGGACGGAGCUGGCCAACCUGAUCAACAGCUGCAUGGACUAUGAGCCCAUGUUCCGGCCGUCCUUCAGAGCCAUCAUCCGGGACCUCAACAGCCUCUUCACCCCCGACUAUGAGCUCCUGGCUGAGAGCGACUUGCUGCCCAACCGAAGCAGGGGGUUGGGCUUCAUCGCUGCCCUGGAGACCCAGGAGGUAUCCCAGUUUGAGGAGAGGCACCUGAUAUUCCUGCAGCAGCUGGGCAAGGGUAACUUCGGCAGUGUGGAGAUGUGCCGCUACGACCCGCUGCAGGACAACACCGGGGAGGUGGUGGCGGUGAAGAAGCUCCAGCACAGCACAGCCGAGCACCUGCGUGACUUCGAGAGGGAGAUCGAAAUCCUCAAGUCCCUCCAGCACGAGAACAUCGUCAAGUACAAGGGCGUGUGCUACAGCGCGGGGAGAAGAAACCUGCGUCUGAUUAUGGAGUACCUGCCCUUCGGCAGCCUGCGAGAUUACCUCAUCAAGAACAAGGAGCGGAUCGAUCACAAGAAGCUCCUGCACUACGCGUCUCAGAUCUGCAAGGGGAUGGAUUAUCUGGCAACCAAACGGUACAUCCACAGAGACCUGGCAACCCGGAACAUUCUGGUGGAGAGUGAGCAGAGGGUGAAGAUCGGGGACUUCGGCCUGACCAAAGUGCUGCCCCAGGACAAAGAGUACUACACAGUGAAGGAACCUGGAGAGAGCCCCAUCUUCUGGUAUGCCCCAGAGUCCCUGACUGAAAGCAAGUUCUCGGUGGCGUCGGACAUCUGGAGUUUCGGAGUGGUGCUGUAUGAGCUCUUCACCCACAGUGAUAAGGCCUGUAGCCCUCCCGCUGUGUUCUUGGGAAUGAUGGGGAGUGACAAGCAGGGUCAGAUGAUUGUGUACCACCUGAUCGAGCUCCUGAAGGCAGGGAGCAGGCUGCCACAGCCUGAGGACUGCCCUGCACAGAUCUACAGCAUCAUGAGCGAGUGCUGGAACAAGGAUCCUUGCCCUCGGCCGACGUUCCGGAUGCUGGCCGGCAGUCUGGACGUGUUUCGGAGCGGUCUGGACGGAUGAGUUUGGGCCCCUCUGUCAGGCUCCCGGAGCACAGCCUGGGACGGACCUCCCUGCAUCAGGGCGGGACUGCAGACGCCCGUGUGGAGCUGCUGUCACACGGCCAGCGUGGAAACGCCCCGCGCGUUUCCGUCGUGUGAAAGCAGCUCCACAGGCGUUUGGAGCGCAGGGGGAAUCGCCAGGCUAUGGGAGGCGUUCGGUUUAAUUACGCCAGCUGUCCUGGACGUCGCUCUUUCGCGUGAGGCAGAGACUGGAGUGGUCCUUCCACUGUCGAGUGACUGACUCGGUCAGAGUAUUUGACUUAGGAACCUGGACACCGGCUGAAGUCUGAGAAAGGGACAGACCAUCCUAGAGCUUCAAACGUGGUGUCCUUUUCCUGUUUGUUUUCUCCGAGCAUCGUGACACCGGUGUGCGCUUUGUGGGAGAUGAACGAGCAGAGAAUAAAGGCUGUCAUUUUCAGCUCGCUGCAUUGCAUUUGUUUCAGUGAUGCCUGCGCAAGCCAGUACACGGGUGUGGUAUGCUCUGUCACCGAAACCUGACUACCAGCAGUUUUCAAACAAGGCUUGUGCCAGGAGAGGUUUAUUCUUUUACGAUGCUGUACCUGAAGCUCUGCCGAACAUGACCACUAUACCUGUACAGAUGGUGGUCUAAUGUGUCAUGCAAGGUCCUGGCCUGGACCGUUAUUAUACUUCGUAAGCAGAUAAUGUUAAGAGAAUUAUUUUUUUGUGUUUGUGUUUUGUCUCUUCUUUUGUUUUUGCUUUGUUUGAGGGAGAGAUAGAUCUCAUCGGAGCUCCGGCGACAGUAAGACUGGACAUUCCGGCACCCAUAGGAGUGCCCCUCUGCCAGGAGAGACUGCCCAUUGGUUUCAUGCAAAAACGUGCACUGUGGAGGUCCUGAGCCUGUGAAGUGGCUAAAAAGAAGCUGCCAUUUUGGCUCUCUUGUAUAUGUGCCAUCUCAGCUGUAGCUAGGCUUCAGUAAAAAAAAAAAUGAAAACGAACUGUACCAAAAGAGGAGAGUGUUUUACUUAUGCAAACAGUCUUGUUUUUGUAAUGGUGUCCGUCUUCCUGCAUUGUGUGUUCUCGCUGGCAGCACUGCUGGCAUUCUUAUCUGACCCCACCUUUUAACAAAUUAUCUUAUAUUGUAUCCUUUUUUUAUUUUUGUUGUUUUAUUUUUUACAAAUAAUAUAUGACAAUGAAAAUAAGUUGUUUUUCUUUUUGUAAUCUUGUACUCUAAAGGUACGUUAAUUACAUUUGAAUGUUAUUUACCCACUGAAUGUAAAUGAAAAACCUUGUUGAAUAUAUUGCGCAAUUGCAUGUAAAAUACAAAUAUAAUUUUGUAAUUAAUUUUUGUGCAGGCCAUGUCAAGAUUAAAUGGUAUAUCACUGCA